CUGAGUUGACAGAAAGAGAAUACUCUCAGGUAGAGAACUGAAGAAGGAAGAGACAGGAGAGAGGGGGGGAAGGUGGGGCCAGCAGGUAUGGACGCAAAGAGAGAGGGAUGGAGUCAGUGGAUACAUAGACUGUAAAUGAAUGAAAGCUACUGGAGGCUGGACAGAUGACAUAUAAUCAGACAAGGUCCUGCAUUCCUCAAAGAGAUACUCUGCAACUUUGUAACUGUGGCAAGAAAAAAUUAUUGAAGAAGUACAUACCAAUGGAGGCAAAUGAAAACUGCAACAUCACAUACUGAGAAAGACUGACAAAGAAAAGGCUCCUAGAAAGACACCAAAGAAACAAGUGACCAAAGAGACCAGGAGAAGCAGCAGCAAAAGAAGCUCCUCAGAAAAGAACAACAACACAAGAGCACUGUUCAAAGGUCUGUGAGGAGUGGUUUCAGAAAUCUUCUUGCCUCUGCUACGCCAUGGCCUCAAUGGAGAUGCAGCUGCUGGCCAGUGGCCUGUGCCUCCUGGGUUGGAUAGGGAUCAUCAUCAGUUGCCUGCUGCCCAUGUGGAAAGUCACAGCCUUUGUAGGCAGCACCAUUGUCACCGCACAGACUGUUUGGGAGGGCAUCUGGAUGGCCUGUGUAGCCCAGAGCACAAAUGAGAUUCAGUGUAAACCAUAUGAAUCCCUCCUCAUUCUGGGAGCCGAGGUGCAGGCCGCCAGGGCUCUCAUGGUCCUUGCCAUAACUACAGGCAUAGCAGGUCUCCUUCUUGUCUUUGUUGGAGGGAAAUGCACUCGCUUUUUGGAUGAACAAGGUGGGAUUAAAAGCAAGUUGGCUUUAGCAGCAGGGGCAGUGUUCAUUGCCACAGGGCUUUUGUGUUUGAUUCCUACAUCCUGGACAGCUGGGGCUGUGGUGAAGAACUUCUACAGCACCACCAUAGAGUCUCAGCGGAGAGAGAUUGGAGCCUGUCUCUACAUUGGCUGGGGAGCAUCCAUAAUGCUCAUUCUUGGAGGAGGUUUGCUCAUCUGCACAGACUGGCCCCUUAAUACCACUGAAGUAGACAAGAGCCCCUCCGUCCGCUACCUGGUGGUCCGCUCCUCCAUUGGGUCCAGCUAUGUAGCUUCACAUCGCAGCAGGGCGCCAUCAACAAAGUCCCAGCCUGUGAGGGCGCCGUUCAACCGGUCCCAAAGCUACGAGGGGUCACCCAUGAAGUCUUCACUGUACACAAGGCCUUCCUGGGAGGAUGAGCCUGAGCAUGGCUCCAGGCAGGAGACAGACAGAUCGUGGACACCGUCAACAAAGUCUCAGAUGAAAAGACCAGAGUCUGCAAAUUCUCAACACAGUGUGACACUUUCUACAAAAUCUCAGCUAAAACGAGCAGAAAUGGAAGAGAAUUUAUCAGUCAGCAAUGAAGAUGAGAAUCCAGCAAGAACAUACAUAUAAUUUGGGCAUACACAUGCAUAAAAUCACACAUAUACACAAAUGCACAGACAUACAAUAUGUAUGUAUAUAUGCAAGUAAUUUAUGUUCCAAACACUAAAGAGAAGUUGUAUAUAUUAACGGUUAUUUAGAAUCAGGCCUAAUUAACACAUUUUGUGAUUGUUUGCUGAUGAACAGUAGCUGAAGAGGUAGGCAUUUUAAUUAAGUAUAAUUAUUUUUACACUCAAUUGUGUUGUUUUGAUUAAAGGACAAAAGAGAAAAGGC